AUGGUUCAGCAGACACCAAACUCCAUCAAUACCUUUAAGGAGCUAAGCACGCAGUUUGCCUCACACUUCAUCAGAGGGCACAGGUAUAAGAAGUCUACUGCAUGCCUAAUGAGCAUCAAGCAAUGGGAGGAUGAGAUGUUGAGGUCUUACAUAACCCGCUUCAACAAAGAGGCCUUUUCAAUUGAGAAAUCCGAUGAUAAGAUACUUGUUGCUGCUUUCACCAAUGGGUUAUGGAAGGGGAAGUUUUUGUUUUCUUUAUACAAAAAGGACCCAAAAACCAUGUCGGAUGCUCGAGAGGAGAAGUCCAAGAAGAGGGAAAGGCAAGAAGAUACACAGCAGGACAAGAGACGGAAAACAACAAAGAUCGGAGACCAACGGGAGGAUAGGUGUUCCAAACCCCCCACUGGGGGGUUCAAAAGCUCCACCCCGUUGACUGCCCCGCUUGAUCAAGUCCUGAUGUAG